AUAAGGUGUUACGGACCACAUGGACAUCAUCUCCAGAGAGAUAAAGAGACAAGUGUGAAAUACAUACAAUACCUGAAACGUGGAGCGUAGUGGAGAGAGCAGGAUUGUUCUGGCACUGGCAUCAUGUUCAGGCGGGGAUGAGACUUGAGGCAAUGGUCAAAGGACAACGGACAAUGAAGAGACAGAGCUAUGUAUGAAAGAAAGCAUUGAUCUUAGUGCACCGCACUGAUGUUGCAAACCACAUGCCCCCCAUUAAGGGGCGGGUAUGUGUUGCUUUCUGUGUUUCACAAACAGGCUAUUGCCUGAGCGGAGCCAGUAUCCCCAAAGCUAAAGACUUUUCAUUGUCCGCCAAAUUUCAAUAUGUCCGCAGAAAGAAUGAUGCAAGUGAACAGGAUGAAGUGAAGAUCAAUCUUAUCAGAACAUGGUGGGAUGAUUUGACAUGCUCCACCAAGUUUCUUGUGGCCACUUCAAUUGCUGCUGAGCUGGAGAGGACACUGCUGGGAGAGAGUGGCCUCUUCCUAUCAUCAGGAUAAUGCACACAUCUCCAGUGUUGAUCUCUGCAGCCACAAUGAGCAACAUGACGGUGCUUGACACUGCUGACCCCUAUGACCUUGACCAGACCUCCUCUGAGGCCAUCUACCCCAUUAGCUUCCAGGUUUCUCUGACAGGCUUCCUGCUUUUGGAGAUAGUUUUGGGCUUGAGCUCCAACCUCACUGUGCUCGUCCUCUACUGUAUGAAGCAGAACCUCAUCAGCUCUGUUUCCAACAUCAUUACCAUGAAUCUGCAUGUUGUGGAUGUGUUGGUGUGUGUAUGCUGUAUCCCACUGACAACCGUAGUGGUGUUACUUCCUUUGGAAGCGGAUACAGCCAUGAUCAGCUGUUUCCAUGAGGCCUGUGUCUCCUUUGCAAGCGUAGCUACUGCUGCUAAUGUCCUGGCCAUCACUGUGGACCGCUAUGACAUCUCAGUGCGACCAGCAAACCGUGUGCUCACAAUGGGCCGAGCUGUAGCUCUAUUGGGAUCCAUCUGGGCUCUAUCAUUUUUCAGUUUCCUGGUUCCCUUUAUGGAAGUGGGCUUCUUUAUUAACUUUGGUUCAGACCUUGCGAAUCAGACUGCAGUAGUCACAGUGGCUCAAACAAAUGAAUACUACACAGAGCCGGGUUUGUACUAUCACCUGCUAGCACAGAUCCCUAUUUUUUUUUUUACAGCUGUGGUAAUGCUAGUGACUUACUACAAGAUACUUCAAGCACUUAAUAUUCGCAUUGGAACACGUUUUCAGCACAACCUCCCUAAAAAGAAGCAAAAGAGCAAAAACACCAUCUCUUUGAGCACUGCAACACAAGCAGAGUCGACUGACGCUUCGCAGAGUAGCACAGGAGUCAGGGCAGGUGGAAAUGCACCUUUGGGCAUGCGGGCAUCAGUGUCAGUCAUUAUCGCACUAAGACGAGCAGUAAAGCGUCAUCGGGAGAGACGGGAGAGGCAGAAACGGGUCUUCAGGAUGUCCCUUCUCAUCAUCUCCACAUUCCUGCUUUGCUGGACUCCAAUAACUGUGCUCAACACCAUCAUCCUCAGCACCGGGCCCAGUGAUUUAACUGUUCGUCUCCGCUUGGGCUUCCUGGUGAUGGCCUAUGGAACCACUAUCUUUCACCCUCUCCUCUAUGCUUUCACUCGGCAGAAGUUCCAAAAGGUUUUGAAAAGCAAGAUGAAGAAGAGGGUGGUGUCUGUGGUAGAAGCUGACCCUACGCCAAACAAUGUGGUCAUCCAUAACUCAUGGAUUGACCCCAGGAGAAACAAGAAGGUCACCUUCGAGGACACAGAAGCCAGGCAAAAGUGUCUAUGCUCGCAAGAUGUGGAGUAAUGGUUAUAACUCAAAUGUAAAUAUGUCCUAUAUGUACAGUAAAAUGGGAAUUGGUUACAUUCCACUCAUUAGAGUGAAGUAACAGACUAUGACAGAAACUUUUUUAAACUGUGGUUAUAGAGGGAGAUAGAGGGUUUUUAUUAUGCAAUUAGAGAGGUGGAAAUAUGACUACGAUGAGAAAACACAUUACAAAUCUAAACAAGCUAAACCUCAUUAACGCCGGAGUACAUAAAUUCUGGGCGGCUUACAGAAUGAAUACUAAAAUGAUGAUUUUAGAAAGGAUGUGUUCCCUGAGGAGAUCAGGUGAGGAGUUUCCUUAAAUAAAACAUCACUUGUAAAAAGGGAAACUACCAACAGCUGAAUAUGUAUGAGUUCAAGGAUUGCACUUACUUGAUUUGUUUUUUUCUCAGUACAAAGACCUGUCUCAAAAUAGGUGUCAUAGGCACGCACAGAGGGUAAUUUAUUGCUAUUUAUUGUGGAAUGUUGUGAGUGCUCUCAAGGACAAUUCAGUCAUAACUGUAUCUAAGCAGCAGUGUGUGUUGUUCUCUGGUUAACGUAAGAUGAGACAAAUACUAUGUACAGUCACAGAAUACCUGAUAUUGUUUGUCACAAUUUGUAAUAAACAGCCAAAGGCACAAUAUGUGUCAGUAUCCCUC